AUGGACCGCGGUGGCGACGGCGCGGACGCCGCGCGACGGGCGCGGCGUCUGGCGGCGAAUCGCGCGGCGAGCGCGGCGAGUCGGAAACGGAAGCGCGAAGUGGAGCUGGAGACGCGUCGGCGUGUCGACGCGUUGGAGUCGCUCGUGCGCGCGAUGGCGGCGGAGAACGCGACGCUCAGGGAGGCGUUGAUGACGGUGGCGUGUGGAGGGGGGGUGGAAGGGGGGUGGGAGGCGAGAAAGGUACCGUUGCCGCGGGCGGCGCGGGACGCGCGGGCGCGGGCGAAUGAAAACGCGUCGUCGCCCGCGUCGUCGUCGUUGACGGCGAGUUGGGAGGAGAUCGGAGGAGACGUGGGGAGGUUGGCGUCGUCGGGCGAGGCGCGCUCGACGGACGCGUUCGCGGAUGAAUAUACAGAAUGUGCGCUUCGGACUAAGCGCUCGAAACUCGCGCGCGUCGCGAGGGCCGACGAAGAUGCGAAGACGCUCGAAUACGAGCGACGACGCGUCGGAGAGGGCCCGCUCGGAGCGACGCGCGUGGACGAGCCACGCGCCGAACGUGGACGCGCACGAAUUCAUAUGCUGUUUGCGAACGCGCUCUCGAGGCGCUCGACGCCCUCGACGACGCCUCGGACGACGUCUCCGAAGAUAUCUCCGACGAUCUCGACGCGUUUCUCGCGGAUGCUAGCUUCGAAAACGUCUUUGACUUCCCGGAUGCCGCCGACGCAGAUUUUCAGGCGCUCAUUUCGUGCGUCACGUAGUUGCCGUCGCGCCGCCAAGACGCGGUCUGUGUUUAAGAAACGUCCCUGA